GAAGAUUUAGAUCUGUAACUUUUCGAUUAUCUUAAUAAUACCAAGUGGAAUAGAUUUAUUAAAAAUAUAUAUAAAAGAAAACACCUAUUGAUUGAUGAUAAAAAUCCUGCCUGGAAGUCUGAAGCGACCUCUGACUGAUGUAUUUAUAUGACGCAUAGUCGACAGUGACAAAACAUUUGCUGCGUUUAAUUAAGGUUUACUUUUGCUCUUCAUCUCUGUCUAAUCUUCCUAUUCAGGUGUGAAGAAUAAAGAAUUGGUCUUAAGAAAAUCGAAUAGCUCCUAGAACGGCAAUCAUAUCUUAUUGUUAGAGAAAAUUGACAAAGGUUUAUUACCUGUCUUAGGGUCACCAAAGUUGAAAUGUUUAUAGGUUUCAUUUUGGAAACCAUUUGUUUCGUGGCGAUACGAGUGUAUUUUCAUGGGAAAUAAAAGUACUAAAUCAAGAAACGCAUGUAGAGGAACAAUAGACACUGUUUACAAACAGAAAGAGGAUCAUUUUAAGCAGCUAAAGGCAAAUUUUACUAGCAGUUUUAGUGGAAGAUCUUUUACAAGUGUAAGCAGCCAUCAGUCAACCUAUAGUGUAUCUAGGCCCUGGUCUAGGAUAUCCAGAAGAAGGUGGAAAGAAUCUACAUUAACUCUUCCCUACGAAUCAAGUAAAACUGCUUGGCCAGUAUCUCAACUGGAAUCAUACUUUCUACCUGAGUUUCCAGUGACAGCUUCUAUCAAUGAAAAAAGAUUUGAUGUAUUAGACGAGAUUAGUAAAGGUGCAUUUGGAAAGGUGUAUAAAGUGAAAGAUUUGGAGAAAGGACAAAUAUUUGCUCUUAAAGUUCUAUCCAAAUCUAAGAUCAUAAGUGAAAAUUCAGUGCAACAAGUUAAGGACGAGGUUCAGGUACAAAGAGUCUGUGGCCACCAUCCGUACAUAGUCAGUUGCCCUUUACACUGGCAAAGCAGGAAGCGCUUAUAUAUAGUAACCAAAUUCAUAGAAGGUGGUGAAUUAUAUUCUUUGCUGACCAGAUACAUCACACUUCCAGUUGCUUUAGUUCAAGUUUUUGUGGCACAAAUAGCUUUAGCUCUUGAUUUCCUUCACAAUGCUGGUGUGAUUUAUAGAGACCUGAAACCAGAGAAUAUUCUUUUGGAUGACGUUGGCAACAUACAAUUAAUCGAUUUUGGAUUAUCCAAGUGGUUGUCAUACGGGAGUACAACUAAAACAAUCUGUGGAACACUUCAUUACAUGGCACCUGAAAUAUUGGCUACUGAGCCUUAUGGACAUGCUGUUGACUGGUGGAGCUUGGGUGUUAUAGCUUGUGUAAUGUUAACUGGUAAGGUAAGUGGAAAUUUGAAAUAA